AUGAAUCCUGUCUCUCUGCUCCUGAGAGCAGCACUGGUUCCUCCUGGAUCUCCGCUGCUCCCCGGCAGACAGGCGUCUCCUUCCCGAUCCCCGGCGUCCAGCCCCACAGAGUCCCGGCUGCUCGUAGCUAAAGAACGACGGGAGGACAAAGAGAAGCAGCAAGGGCUGUCGCAGGCGCUGCAGGACAAGGAGCGGCGGGCGCAGCAGCAACUGGAGCGCCGCUCCGAGGAGCGAGGGAGGAAGAUGGAGGAGCAGAGGAGGAAGGAGCAGCGCAGGAGGGCGGCGGCCGAGGGCAAGAGGAGGCAGCACCAGGAGGCGGAGAAGGAGAGGCUGGAGGCCCUGGUCCGCCGGAGAGCCGGGGGCCGCGGCGUGGGGGACGGACAGGACAACCUGGACCACAGGCCCAAGCGCUGGACCUGGGGGGGACCGCCGGACGGGGUGCCAGGUGACCCCGCCCUGACCCCGCCCCGCCCUGCCAUCGGCUCUGCUCCGCCCGCUUCUGCUGCCAGCCAAUCCCGGAACGGAGACUUCUUGUCUCCGUCCUCGAUGGAUCAGCCAAUCAACAAGCAGCUGUCCAGCUCCUCUGCAGCCCUGCACUCCCCGGAGCGAGGUUCCUCCAACAACCACAGACCUCACAGGAGUUCCUCCAACCGCAGGAGCAUCGCGGGCCUGACCGAGGAGACGAGGGCCAAGACGCCCACGGGGGAAACGUCCAACACGCCGGUCCGUAGCGCCUCCUUCAAGGCGAGCAGCAAGGCCCCCGCCACGCCCAAACGGGUGAGGUCCAGCCGGAGCCGGGCCCAGUCCCCCUGCUCCCCCGGGCAGUACCCGCCCUCCCCGCUGCGCCAGCGGGCCGGCACCCCGGGCACCCCCGGGACCCCUGGUACCCCCGGGACCCCCGGGGCCGAGGACCGGGGCCACGCCGAGCCCAAGGGCCACGGCACUCUGGACAGGAAGUCCUGCAAGCCGGACGGCUCGGAGAAGAGGAUCCCCAAGUCCACCAGCAGAGAGCUGGCCGCAGAGUCUCCGGGGACGCCCAGCGGCCGCAGCGUCGGCGGGACGACGGACGCAGAGGAGGCGUCCAGGCUGCUGGCGGAGAGACGACGUCUGGCCCGGAUACAGAAGGAGCAGGAGGAGAAGCAGCGGCAGGAGGAGGAGAGGUUGAGGGCCGAGGAGGAGCUGCAGCGGCAGCAGGAGCUCAGGGAGCGGCAGGAGCUGGCGGCCCGGCAGGCCGAGGAGGAGCGAGCCCGGCGGGAGGAGGAGAGGAGGAGCAGGGAGGAGGAGGAGAGGCGGCAGAAGGAGCAGAGGCUGAAGGACAUGCAGGAGGAGCUGAACCGAGCGAGGGAGGAGGUGAUCCUGCGAGCCCAGAGGGAGGCGGAGAGGAAGCGGCAGGAGAGGGAGCAGCUCCACCUGCAGGAGGAGCAGGAGCGCCAGCUGAGGAAGAAGAGAAUCGAGGAGAUUAUGAAGAGGACGAGGAAGAGUGAAGCCGAACCCGCGUCUGCAGCCUCAACCGCCGAGGCGGGAGCCGAAGCCCCGGCCGCCCUGGAGGACGACCCAACGCCCGCCGAGGCCCCCGUCAUCACGCUGGGGCCCCUGGAGACCCGCAGCUGCCUGGACGAGCUGUCCGACGGCGUCCAGUCCAUGGACGUCAGCCCGGUGUCCCGGGACGAGCAGGCCAGCGCGCAGGAGUUCUCUCCGGGCACCGAGGGCCCGGACGUCUGCCCCCUGGACCAGCUGAUGCACCUGGACGGGGGCCGGGGCCCGGCCGAGGGGGCCGAGACCCCGUCCUACCCCAAGCUGCAGGCCGGCAGCGGGGUGGGCGACCUCAACAAGAACCUGCUGAUCCAGGCCUACAGCGCCGCCUCCGAGUCCACCCAGUUCCUCGCCAGCGUCGGGCCGAGCAAGCUGGACGUCCAGUAGGAGGAGCCGGCAGGUAAACGCCGGGGGCGGAGCCACACACAGAGGCCACGCCCCCUCUGCAUCAACAGGAAUCAUCAGAACCACCGAGCCACGCCCCCUAAGCUGGUGGCCCCGCCCCCGGGGGACAUGCAGACGGGCAGCUCCGACCGAUAGCUGUUGCAUAUUUCAUAAGUAUAAAUAUUCUGGGAUGUCCGUGCAUGCUCGCCACGCAUCGUAGGUAGAUGUGUCCGUCGCCGCCGAGUCGCCCCGGCGACGCCGCGGGAGCAGCUCGCACCGUCUUGUAUAUACGCCACGUUUCUAGGUUGGAAACUCUCAGAAACCAGCCACCAACGCCACGUCUGCCCGUCUGCAUCUCCUCCUACAUCUGCUUCCUCUGAGAACGUUGUAAAUAUCCCGGAGCGGGGAGGCGACUCCACGCCCCCGCGGCGCCCCCGUGUAGCACCUGCAGCCAGACUGAGCUGUUUCCUUGGCUGAGAUUGUAGCUCCUCCCCUUCUGUCGGUGUUUCUGGCGCCCCCCCCCCCCCCCACGUGUCCUGACCCCCCCCCACACCGCUAGAAGACACUUUCAUGGACGUGAAACGCAGAUUUCUGCUCACCCCGUUGGCUCCCCUGCCGCUCGUCGCCGCCCUGCUGGGCGUCCGUGGAACUGCGAGGGUGAAGAACCCAAACGGGUCGUACUCCUGCCCCCCCCCCCCAGCUCAUCACCUCUGAGGCCUUAGACCUCUGCGGUCCGCACCGCCCCCCCCACAACCCGCCGCCAUGAGCCCCCCCCCACGCUUUACGGGGCCUUUUCCACCCGAGGCAACGACAGAAGCAGGAAACCCACCGUUAGACCCGGGAACCCCCCACCGCACACCCCCACCUUUCCAAAACUCCACCCACAGAACUAGUGGAAGUGUUGAAUUAUUGUACGUUGUAGUUUCUGGUUGGGCUCCUCCGGGUGCCGAGGUGACGGAGGAAGCUGACGUAUCUCUGACAGGAUACAAAGGUGCUGCUGCUUCUUGGAAGUUCCGGUCCCGGUAAAGUGGAAAAGCCCCUGUUGCUCCGCCCCCCCCGGUCAGGUUCUCCCGGUCCCCCCUGUAUAUGAAGCGAAGGACAUAGUCUUUAUUCUCUAAAACUACUUAAACUGUGUGACACUGCAGCUUGGUGGAAUAUAUCUCCGUAGAUGUGGCGCAUGGAAACCUGCUGAAUCAGAACCACCGACCUCAUCCAGUCAUCCGUGAGCUGGACGGGUCACGGACCACGACGACGCGCACACGCCCACCCCGGCGCUCACGGGACGUGACCAGCGCUCAACCUGUAUGAAUGUUUAGUGUUUGACUUUCACGACCAGUGACAUGAAAAGACAGAUCUAGUGUAGGGCUCCAAGCAGCCGCUCGUAUUUAGCAUAUAUCUCAUUGUGUGUUGACUUUAUGCCACCAGGAUGUUACAAAUCUGCUUAAAUUAAAGUGAGUAAUUACUUUUUAUUGCUUGAACACAACACAAUUGAGGACGUUUAAGAAGAAGCAGGUCACGGUUCUGGACGAGACUGUAAAUGUUUAAAUUAAAGACUGCAAAUAAAGCUGGUUUGA